CAUUUUGUCUUCACUUUCGUUCAUCAUCGCAAACAAAAUCGUCAGUUUGGCAUGAAAUUGCGGGUACGCCUUCAAUCAAGGACAGUUGUAGUCAGCCCAGAAAAUGACACGACUUUAGGAGUUCUAAAGAACGACGUUGGAGAAGUUUUCAACUUGCAGGAAGAUAGUUUUUUCCUGACUUUGAAUGGCAAAGAUCCCAUAGAAGAUGGUGAUGACAAGAAGUUGACAGAGCUGGGUGUAGUGUCGGGAGACUUGAUAAAAGUGCUGCUGAGGGAGGGUGUCCAGCCACCAGACAGUGUGAACACUGGGGCACCUGGUUCUUCAGGCCAUGGCAGAGUUGAACAGCCAUCAAGUAGCUCCACUGCCUCCCACAACCAUGAGCCCAGGCCAAGUCACAGUAAUACAUCUACUGAAGAAAUCUCAGAUGGUCAGAAUAAAAGACUUAAACCCUCACAUAGUGAACUGACCAGUGCCGUCCCCCAGGGGUCAGAUCCUGUGCCCCCUGGGCAGGGAGGUUGUGAAGAAGAUAUGGACACGGGUGGACAGUUACUGGACACUGGGCAGUCAGAGGAGCAUGUGGUCAAUAGAUAUUUAAAGGAACCCAUCCACUGCAGAGAUUCCACCGACAGCGCCGUCCCCCAUCUGUUACAGAGCACUUACCAGUCAGCGCAAGUGACCAGCAAGGCUGAGGCAUUGUGGGUAGUGCUUCACUUGUUAAUGGUGGAAACUGGGUUCCAAGCUGUCGGUCAUGGCAGCAGUCAGCACGACCCUGACAAGAUGGACGAUGCCAGCACUUCCAGCUCAGAGCAACACACGUCUCAGCACAUGCCUAAAGGCUGGAGGUCAGCUGGUGGGAGCUUUAAACUGACCUACUCACACCACUCGUGUCCAGAACUGACCUGCACGUUAGUGGGGGUUACUCUUGGGUCCACUCUUGCUAUACAUGGUCUGAUAUCUGAGGAUGGGGACACCUGUGACAUGACCAUGAGUGUGACAGACUAUGUGAGGGACACACCUUGUGAUGCAUGUCAAGCUUUCCGACAGUUGCCAAAAUUAUCUCGACUCUUCAAGGACAAUAUUGCCUAUGUUUUAUUAGGAAGACUGAGACAAGCAUUAAGUCUACCAACACUUCAUGGCUUCAUGGGACUUCUCCCAGAGUUGAAGGUUACAGGGACAAUAGCUUGUCACAUAAUUGGUAUCAGUUGUACAAGCAGAGAUAUCUUGAAAGAAAAGCCGCCAGGGAGCAGGUCAGGUUGGUCCUUCCUGGAAUGCCUCAUCGUUUUGGCGUACCACCCCUGCCUUUUGCCCCCGGGGUCCACCCCCCAGGGUUCAGGGGAGGAGACUAUGAUCUUGAUCCGUUUGGUGGAAGUGGGCCAGUCUUCAGCCUCCCACAGCCCAGAUUUGACCCUCUCCUGGGCCCGGGGUUGCUUCCAAGACCACGCCCUGGACCGGGAGUAAGAAACCCAAGACCUUCGUACGGUGGUGGCGGCUUCGGGCCAAGAUUUUUCUAAAGACUUCUCUGUUGAUCUUUAAAGGCGUCAGUUGAUCUGUUAUUUGUUUUAAUAAAAGGACCGAUGGUUAUUCCGUA